AUGCCAUCAAAUGUGCCAUUAAUAUCGACUAAGUUUUAUUGUGGCGCACCACCGGAGCUCAUUGGUAACACUAUUCAAUGUACUCUCAAAUGGUUAAGAAUACGAUCACUUUGUUUUUUUCCUCUCUUUUUCUUUUCCCUUUUUCCUUUCCCCUCUUUUUUCAUUACCCAUUUUUUCUUUCUUUUUGUUUCAUCUCUUUUUCUUUCCCCUCGUAACUCUCCUCUCAUUUUUCAUACCUCUCUUUUUCAUUCUCCUCUUUUUCAUUCGUCUCUUUUUCAUUCCCAUCUUUUUCGUUACCCUCUUUUUCAUACCUCUCUUUUUCAUUCUCCUCUUUUUCAUUCGUCUCUUUUUCAUUCCCAUCUUUUUCGUUGCCCUCUUUUUCAUACCUCUCUUUUUCAUUCCCCUCUUUCCAUUCCCCUCUAUUUCAUACCUCUCUUUUUCAUUCACAUCUUUUUAGUCUCCUCUUUUUCAUUCCCAUCCUUUUCAUGCCUCUCUUUUUCAUUCCCCUCUUUUUCAUUCCCCUCAUUUUCGUACCUCUCUUUUUCGUACCUCUUAUUUCAUUCCCCUCUUUUUCAUACCUCGCUUUUUCAUUCCCAUCUUUUUCAGUCACGUCUUUUUCAUUCACAUCUUUUUCAUUCCUCUCGUUUUCAUUCCCCUCUAUUUCAUACCUCCCUUUUUCAUUCCCAUCUUUUUAUCACCUCUUUUCAUUCCCUCUUUUCAUUCCUCCAUUCCCUUUUUUUUCAUUCCCUUUUUCAUCCCCAUUUUUUAGUCCCCUCAUUUUCAUUUUUUUCAUCCCCAUUUUUUCAUUCCCCUCAUUUUCAUACCUUUCUUUUUCAUCCCCAUCUUUUUCAUUCCCCUCAUUUUCAUACCUUUCUUUUUCAUCCCCAUCUUUUUCAUUCCCCUUAUUUUCAUACCUUUCUUUUUCAUCCCCAUCUUUUUCAGUCCCUCUUUUCAUUUUCCAUCCCCAUCUUUUUCAGUCCCAUUUUUUCAUUCCCCUCUUUUUCAUACCUCCCUUUUUCAUUCCCAUCUUUUCAUUCCCCUCUUUUUCAUACCUCUCUUUUUAAUUCCACUCUUUUUCAUUCCCCAUUUUUCUUUCUUUUUUCUUUUCAAUCUUUUGCUUCUUCUCUUUUUCACUCUUCUGUUUUUCUUUACUCUUUUUCUUUCCCCUUUUUCUUUUCCACCAUUUUUCUUUUCUUAAUUUUUCUUUCCUUCCUUUUUGUUCCUUUGCUCUUUCCUUUCUCCAUUUGA